UUUAAAAAACUUGAAUUUCCACUAAAAAUAAACUCAUAUCGUAUCGUAAUAGUUUUUGAAAUGUUUUAUUACGAACAAAAAAUCUCUUACAUACUGAAAACCCGGUUUAUAGAUGCUUCAUGAGUGUAUAUAUGUAUACGUCCGGAAAUGCUCCAAACACGAAUAACACGUUGUACGAAGAGGAUUUUGUGAAGUUUCGAGAUAAAGGAUUACAUUAAAAAUAUAUUUGACAAUCGUUUCCAACCUGAAAGAAGAGGUUAUGGCGAAAUACUUGAUACAAAUAGUUAUAUUGGGCACGAGAGUCGUCGGUAAAGCGUUUGCACGGGCAUUGCGACAAGAAAUAGCAGCAAGUCAAGAGGCUGCACGCAGAGCAGGUGGAGGAACGAGAGGUGCUCAACAUGUAGCCGCUAAUUGUAAAACUGGAAUUUCUUUAGAGGAAGCAUUACGUAUCCUAAAUGUUGAACGAUUGGAUCAAACAGAAGCUAUAGAGCGCAACUAUAAGUAUCUCAUGGAAGUCAACGACAGAUCUAAAGGCGGUUCCUUUUAUAUUCAAUCGAAAGUAGUGCGUGCUAAAGAACGUAUCGAUGAAGAACUAAAAAAUCAAACCGUUCCUCCAAAAGCAAGUUCUACACAUGAAGAUAACGCUAGACAACUCUAGCGAAUGUUUCUGUAGUCUAAAUUUAAUUAUUACAUCUUUAAAGACUGUAUAUACACAUUUAGCAAUCUAUAUUUUAAACAUAAAUAAAUAAAAUGAAAUGUAUAAAUAAUCAAAA